AAAAAAAACAAAAAAAACAAAAAAGCUUCUCGCAAAUAAACUAUUCGAAUUUAGAGUUGUCAACAUAACAAAUGACAGCUUACCUUGUUGGUUAGAGGCGUAGAAAUAAGAAUAAGGAAAAGCGAGAAAGUACCUCCUAAUGCAUUUUUACUAAAGGAGGUAAUAUCGCUUGUUUCAUGCCGGAUUCGUAUUGCCUCCUCCCUUUUGUCCAGUUUUCACCCAUUUAGCAUGCUGGGAUCCUUUUUGUCGGUAUCGAAGGGGAUUCCUCUAUUUAAGUAAAUUGCCAGUCAUCCGUGAAUGUAAAAGCAGUGUUCUUGUACUGGUUUCUAUCUUUUUUUUCGGUUUUUCUUUUUAUAUUCUUUCAACGGUUUAAUUACUUGUCAUUUCUCUUCUUUUUUUAAUCUUUACUUGCUUGCAUAUAUAACUUUCAUCGAAUGGCUCAACAAUCCUAUACUUCCAUCUUGAAGUUUAAUAUUGAUGGGCGUCCCUUUAUGAAGGAUAUUCAUGAUUUAUUUGGCGCAUUAAUUGUUCAAGUCCCACUGAGCGUCAACCGAUACCUGUUCAAGAACUAUCACCAUACAUUCACUUCCGAUGAUACGGUGGCAGCGCUUGGUUCUCUGAGGUUCUCUCACAGCGUUCGUGUCCAUGACCCGGCCGAUGAGUCCAAAGUUCAAGUCCGCACCGUCACUACCACAUUUAAUAUGGCAAGAGAUAUGGCCAAGGCACUAUGCCAACAGUUCUUAUGGUCACGGUUACUGGAGUCAGCAGUGGAACCUAGCAACCGCAACUUUCGUGAUAAAGGCAUUUGGCGACUCACAUGCAAAGGGCUCUGCAUCUUUCAGGAAUUCUGCAUUCGCACCGGUGUGGAUCUGGCUCCUUUUAGUGGCCACUUUGAAUCCGUGCCUUCAACACAAGUGAUUUUCCUCGACCGAUCCGAAGAUGACGAUCAAAUCCAUUUCAAUCGCUCCAAGUUGUCCGUCCUCUUCCGCGUCAUGGUCACCAGUUUGCCCUUGGAAAGCGAGUCCAUUACCCCCCGUUCCGUGAAUGCCCUGCUGUCGGCCAAUUUUGGCGCCAAAGCUUCCCGACACCCCCCCUCCCCUCCUACUUCAACAUGUAACAGUGUGUUUAGUAUUGAACUGCUACGUGAUCCACAGUUAAACCUGGUCAACAACUGGAUGCUCACGGCUUCAUUUCCCGAGGUCCUGCCUACCAAUUCCGAAACAGGCACUCGAAUGCGAGCCAUUUUCCCUUCUCAACUGUGCUGCGACUGGUUGCUGGAGUACUGUUCGAUUGCGUCUCGAGACGAAGCCGAACUGUUGGCUAGAGAAUUCUUGCGUCAUGGAUGGAUCGAUUACCUUGAAGGAGCCAAAUCAGGUACUGAUUUCUUGUCGACUUCCAAGACUACUCUGUUCAUAAUUACCAAGGCUGGCAAGAAAAUUGUGACCGAUCAAUUGGCGGCCGCGGCCGCUGCAGAGACCGCGAUGUGCGACCGAGACAUGAUGCCGCCCAGUCCAAUUUCCACGGCGUCUGUUAUCAGUAGCGAUAGCGGUUCAAGGCCAUUAUCCGUUUGCAACGACGGCCCGGAUGGCAUUGACCAGUUUGGUAAGCGUCGUGCAAGCCAUCAUUCUCAAGCGGAUUCGCUGUUAUCGACACCUAGCGCCAAAGAAAUUUCCCAUGUCGACGGCAAAGAAUGCAACUCGUACCGAUUAAAGACGAUUUUGGAUAAUCCCCAGCUAAGAUCUUUAUUCAAGGACUUUUUGCGGACCAACUUUUGCGAAGAAAAUCUCGACUUUUGGAUCGAUUACACCAACUUAAGACACAAAUGUCGUAACCAGAGUCCCGCGAUGCCUUCACAGAACCAGCGCAGCUUAUUGGAAGAUGCCUACGAUAUCUGGACACGCUACUUGGCCCCCAAAGCACCUUUUGAACUCAAUGUUGAACACUCGAUGCGCCAGGAAAUGGAUCGUUUGGUUUCUUCUGUGAUCACCGUUGUACAAACGUAUUCGCCUGGUCAGAUGAGUCCUACCAUUGUCAUUUCCCCGUUAUCAUCGUCUUCUCAAAGCUUAAGGAUGAUGCUGAAAUGGUUUGACCGCGUGAACGAGCACAUUUGCAGGCUAAUGGCUUCGGACUCGGUUCCCAAAUUUGUCAAGACCCAGCAGUACCGCGACCUCUGUGAGGAAGGAAAAGUCAAACGACCGAUGUUCAAUAAGCGGGAUUCAGGCAUGGCCGAAUUCAAAGAGGACGAUGAAGAAGACUACUACUCGGCCUCGAUAAGCGAGAUCGAAUCACCAAUGACUCCUUGCAGCCUGGAGCAAGCUUAACUGACUGGAUGGCUGUGCUUUCCCUCAAAAAUUGAUACCCGCUCUCUACACUGUAACUUAAUUUUUUAUUUUUAUUCCCUCCCCUUUUUCCAUUGACUCAUCUGCAAACCAGAUUUCCCACCCCUUCAAAAAAAGUUAUGUCUAGUCGAUCAAAAAACAACUGUAAUUUACAUAAUAUAAUCUUUUAAGUUUCAC